AUGCGACUGAAAUGCAGACUCUAUGCAAGCGAUUCAGUUUAUAAAAUUGCCCCCAAAUUUGCUUUCCUGGUGACAUCAGGUCCUUUUGUUUACACGGCAGUAGCUGUCAUAAAUGUGCUUGUGAACAGCAGUCUUCUUCGUGGUGAGGCCCCCAUGAUCCUCUCAUUGCAUCCUUCUUUCACUGUGCCAGAUAACAGAUUCCAAGUUCAGACAGUGCUUCAGUUUGUACCUCGGAACGUGGAGGUUGGGUUCUGCAAUUUCAGCCAGCGCAUUGAGAAGGGGCUGAAGAUGGCAUUCAUGGAGGUGAGCAAACACCAGGAGUUCUACAACUUCACUGUGCAGAUAUUGAAUAUAACCCUGAGCAGGCCUGGGGCAGCAUUUCGGCAAGGCCCCGUGAGCAUUGUUUUUGCCAUCCGAGAUAGGUACGGUUUUCUAAAUGGAUCUGAAGUCAGUGAGCAGCUGAGAAACUUGUCUGUGGUGGAAUUCAGCUUCUAUCUGGGCUUUCCUGUGCAGCAAAUAGCUGAACCCUUUCAUUAUCCCAAGCUUAAUGUGUCUCAGCUGAUGAAAUCUUCCUGGGUGAGAACAGUUCUCUUGGGUGUCGUCGACCAGCGAAUUCAGGAGGAAGUGUUUCGGGCUGAGAUGGAACGAAAACUAGCUCACCUGUUAAACGAGGCUUUGGUCAGAGGGCGGAUAUGGAGACGAGCCAGUUUUGCAGGCAGCAACGUUGUUCAGAUUGUGAAUGUGUCGCGGUUAGUUGGUGUUGAUAACCCUGUGGAGCUGAUCUAUUUCGUGGAGGACCAAGAUGGAGAGAGACUCAGUGCUCUAAAGUGCUCAGACCUGAUGAACAGAGUUGACAUCCAGCGGGCAGCAAUCAUCCUUGGAUACCGCAUUGAAGGCACCGUUGCACAGCCUGUGGAGAAGCUGAAGGAGUCCACCUCAGAGUCACAGAAUAGCAACCUAUGGAUUAUUGUUGGUGUGGCAGUCCCAGUUGCUGUGGUGCUUCUAAUUGUUAUUAUUUUAUACUGGAAACUUUGUCGAACAGACAAACUGGAGUUUCAGCCAGACACGAUGAGCAACAUUCAGCAGCGACAGAAG